AUGGCCAGUAGAAACAGGAAGCCAGUUGAUGCUGAUGAGAUUAAGAGGCUGGGAAAGAGAUUUAAGAAACUCGACCUAGAUAACUCCGGCUCCCUGAGCGUGGAGGAGUUCAUGUCCUUACCCGAGCUCCAGCAGAAUCCGCUCGUGCAGCGAGUCAUCGACAUAUUCGACACCGACGGAAACGGGGAAGUCGACUUUCAAGAGUUCAUUGAAGGAGUUUCCCAGUUCAGUGUGAAAGGGGAUAAGGAACAGAAGUUACGCUUCGCCUUCAGGAUCUACGACAUGGACAAAGACGGCUUCAUUUCCAACGGCGAGCUCUUCCAGGUCCUGAAGAUGAUGGUGGGAAACAACCUGAAGGACACGCAGCUUCAGCAGAUCGUCGACAAAACCAUCAUCAACGCAGACAAAGACGGCGACGGCAGGAUAUCCUUCGAGGAGUUCUGCGCGGUGGUCGGUGGACUGGACAUCCAUAAGAAGAUGGUGGUCGACGUCUGACACCAUUCAUUUUUCCUCCUCCUCCGUUUACUGAAGAUCUGUCUGAAGACGUCGUCAAGCAAAAUGUGUUUCCUGUUUUCAAAGGAAGUAUUUUGUCUGUGAACCCCCACCCCA